AUGCACAGCAAGGAACAAAUCAGUCAUGACGAAUACCAGAAGACAGCUGAUUGGUUGAUGUCUCAGACUAAGCACCGGCCCCAGGUGGCGAUAAUCUGCGGGUCCGGACUGGGCAUGCUUGCUGACACCCUCAAGUGUCAAGACUCCUUUGCUUAUUCUGACAUACCGGGCUUCCCACAGAGCACAGCCACCUGCAUGCGACCACACGACGUCUUCGGCCCUUCAACUCCCCGAAAACCCAGCCGAGCGCUGGCGGAGACGACGUUUCCAGUCCGAGUCUUCAAGCUGUUGGGGGUGGAGACUCUGAUUGUGACGAAUGCUGCCGGCUCAUUGGCCGACGGCCUCCAGCCCGGUGACAUCAUGAUCAUCAAAGACCACGUCAACUUCCCAGGAUUGGUCGGUCUGAACCCGCUGUGCGGACCCAACGACGACAAGUUUGGGCCUCGUUUCCCCGCCAUGUCAGGUUGCUAUGACAAAGGCCUGCGUUCCAUAGCGAUGGAGAUCACCAAGCAGCUGGGCGUGGCCAGCCUCGUGCAGGAGGGCGUGUACGCAAUGGUGGGUGGGCCAAACUUUGAAAGCAUCGCUGAAGCCAGACUGUUGCAUCGACUCGGGGUGGACGCUGUCGGUAUGAGUACGGCUCCUGAGGUCGUCGUGGCAACUCACUGCGGUCUGAGAGUCUUUGGCCUCUCUCUGAUCACCAACAAGGUGGUGAAGAGUUAUGAGGACUCAGACAGCGUGAACCAUGAAGGCGUCCUGGAGGUCGGCCGCCUGCGCUCUCACACUGUGCAGCAGCUGGUAACUGAACUGAUCAGCAGGAUGGAGAUUAAUAACAACAACACUAAUAAUGCUGUUUGA